UCCACCUCCGUAGUCUGGCAAAUCGUCGUCACUCAAUUUAAAUACGGCCAAUUAUUACGAAAUGCUGACUUGGCGAACGAAACUAACUGCAUAAACGGCCAGAGAGGAGAACAACAUUAGCAGUGUGAAAGUAUCGACAUUAUGCCGAGCACGAAGGAUCCCUUUGGAGAGGACGUGUCGCUCCUUUACCCGGACAAUCACAGCGAUAAGUUCGCCAAGUUUACAGAGACACCCUGUGAAACGCCGAUAAUCAAAGGCGUAGUAAAUCAAUUACGAAAAUGGCCAGCGGAUGUAAUGUUCGCAUUUCUGGCAGCCUGUCUAAUCAUAGGAAGCCUGGUUUUCUUGAUCUUCCUCACGGUGGCUAUUUGUGCGCCCACCGUUGUCGGUAACAGAAUAGGAGGAAUCUCGAACCUACAAGUCGGAGCAUCCAAUGCGUACUUCUUCAAACUGGAUAAUCAGAACUGGUCGACGACGGAUUAUUGUUACAUAGAAACUGCGGCCAGAAGACAUCCAGACUUUAACGUGUACCUGAUAAAUUUAAUAAAGGAGGAGCCUAAUAAGGGAAGAUUGAAUCAGCCAAGUAUUAAUGGAACAAGACUGGAAUCUAAAUUAAACGAUUCAAAUAACUAUCAUUCCUGGAUAUCGAGUCGAGAGGAUAGGCUUAGGGAACAAUUGGUACUUGCAAAUGGAAAUAUAAGGAACGUCAAUGUAUCGAUCGAUAAAUUCUUCAAAGGCUCGAAACUGUGGAAAAUUGCGAAAGAAUUGGACGACCAAGUCCUGGAAAUCGCAGCCAAAGCACAGUUGCUUUGGAGCGUUCCUGGUGUCGUCCUCAAACCGAAUAUGUUUUGCAAUCUAGACUCGAUGAAAACUUAUCUUUGCAAGUCGAUUAUGUUUUGUUCUUCGAACAGCAAUAAAGACGAGUGUUUACCAGACAAGCUGGCAACUAUUGAGCCAGAAAACGAUAUUCAGCUAACAGGAGUACCAUGUCAAGCUUUCAUGGGCUUCAUCGUCCAAGAAAUAUCAAAGAACAACCAUAAUGGAAAAUACACAUUGAAGGAAGCGGUAGAAAAAUAUUGUCCAAGAUUGUAUUACUGUCCAGAAAUUCGGAUCCUAAACUCGAGCCCAAAGUGUCCAACGAAUGCUUUAAACUGCCCUAUCGUUUACUCGAGUAUACUAACGCAUAUCACGUGACGACUGAUAUAUUUUUAUUACAAACUGUACACGCUGUAGCUUAUAAAAUAUAAUUUUAGAGAAAUGA